AUGUCCAACAGGAAAGAGCGACGCGCCAAGGGUACCGCAUUUAAUGCAAAAGCCACCGGAGGCGGACUGCAGCCUUCGACUGAGAUUGACCAAGAUGGAGUCGAGAUGAUUCUUCGGCAUCCGGACUUCUCCAAACCCAAGGGCAAGACCCUUUUUGACCUGGCCGAAGAGAGACAGCGAGAGCUAGAUGAAUUAAAUCCUGCCAGAAAGGCCGCUAGGGCAGCCGCCAUGGCAUCAAGACCCGUCGGCGACGAUCAAGGGCCCCCCAUCGGACCCUUAGGCGACUCGGUUCUCUACUCCGUCUCCAUGGCAGCACUGCACCUCACCCUCGACGUCCUUGUAUACAACCAGUACAGGGAGGACAUUAUAUGGAAUGAGAUUAUAUGGAGAGCGGCUACGGCAUGGCCCAUAUUCGCUGUUCUGGUCUACCUUACCCACGUCGACAUUACCUACCGCUUUCCCAAGGUUCGAGAUGUAGUCUUCUUCGCUGGCUCCAUCGCUGCAGGCUGCUACUUGGUGUACUCGGGAAACCAACAUGGAUACUUUUACGUCAUGAAGUCGGCUCCUCCAGUGGGCACUCUCUGGAUUUGGAGCGUGGUGGAAAUGAGCUUGCCUUUUGCGGCUACGAGUGCGCUCGCUGUCUUCGGAUACAUUUACUGGAAUGGGUUUCAAUUGUUCUGA